UCUUGUGGGGGCUGUGGUGGGCGGUAACUUAGGGAGGGGUCAGAGUUCCAGGACCAUGAGGGAAUGCCUAACAUGUCAUGAAGGUGAAUUAUGACCAUCGGGGUUCAGACCUCAGCUCAACUGGAUACUAGCCUGCAAUUUCCCACAGUGACAUCCUCAUUGAGUCCUGUUCCUUGUGACACCCUUGAAGACCCUCUCCAUUAGUUACUCCCUAAUUUCACAGAGAGACCUGGAUUCCUUCUCCUGCUGUCAGAUCCUCUUUCAGCUAAAACAUCUGGGAUUGAGAGGUGUGGUUUUACUGGAUUUUGAUCUUAUGGCUCUGAGGUGUCUCCUCAUGAAAGUGAACCAAUCAGGAUGGCAGUUCAUGGCCCACCCCAAUUCCUGGAGCUGAUAAGGAAGAAGGCACUGAAGUAUGAGACCUUGGUUGUCUCUGGAGAAAUUGCUCAUUGAUCUUCUCCCAGCACUGUUCGAGGAGGCUUUCACUGAUAGAUUCACUAAGGUUGUGAAGGCUAUGGUGUCAGCAUGGCCUUCCAUCUACUUUCCUGUGGUGCCUUGAUAUACAGGCUCCAGAAGGCAAUAUUUCAGGCUUUGCUGGGUGGAUUAUAUGUCCUAUUUACACAUGAAUUUCAACUCAGGAUCCUUCUGAUUGGAGACCUUAAGAAGAUGAAUGUUCAUACCCCACCCACACUCCAGAAGCUGGCAAUUCAGACUCUGGUGAGAGAGGAGGCUCUAGGCAUGUCUGAUCUGGAGGAGAUGGCCCAUGGACUCUUCCCAGCACAUUUCAAGGAGGCCAUUGAUGGCAGGUAUAUCAAGCUCAUAAAGGCAUUGGUGAUAGCCUGGCCUUUCCACUGUCUCCCUGUGGGGGCAUUGAUGAGGACUACUGACCUGGAAACAUUGCAGGCUGUGCUAGAUGGAGUAGACAUUCGUCGAACCAUAGGGUUUCACCCCAGGAGGAAAAAACUACAGUAUCUCGACCUGAGGAAUGUGCACCAUAGCUUCUGGAACAUAUGGACUGAUUCAGAGGACAGUGACUAUUCAGCAGAGAUCUUGGAUGAAAAGAAAGCCCUGCAGGUCCGUCCCAGAUAUGCACUGAGGCAGCGUCUGAAGGUCACAGUUGACCUGUGCAUCAGGUCCUGCCUUGAUGAAGCACAAACAUGGUUCUUGAAGUGGGCCCAGGAGAGAAAGGGCUCCCUAUAUUUCUGCUGUACAAAGAUGAAAAUCUGGACUCUGCCAGUAAAAGCUCUCAGACAUAUCUUCCACAUUUUUGAUCCAGAGCACAUCAUGGAGUUAGAACUAAACACUGAAUGGACUCUUUUAGAGUUGACACAUUUUGCCCCCUAUUUUGGGCAGAUGAGAAAUCUUUGCAAAGUAUUCCUGGCACCCCUCCACAAAAUCGACUUCCAUUUACCCAAUAGAACAAGAGUCACCGAAGUCAAGUGUAUCAACAAGUUUGUUUCUCAGUUCUCCAAAUUCAACUGUCUGCAGCAUCUUUUCAUGUUCUGUGUCCAUUUUCUCAGAUCCCAGAUGAAUCAGGUCCUAGGGUGCUUGAUGACACCCUUGAAGACCUUCUCCAUUACUUACUCCCUGAUUUCACAGAGAGAUUUGGAUUCCUUUGCCUGCUGUCAGAGCCUCUUUCAGCUAAAACAUCUGGAAUUGAGAGGUGUGGUCUUACUGGAUUUGGAUCUUAUGCCUCUGAGAGGUCUCCUCAUGAAAGUGGCAGGCACUCUUGAGACUCUGGAUUUGCAGGGGUGUAGGAUGAAGGACUCCCAGCUCAGUGUCCUCCUACCUGCAUUCAAACAAUGCUCUCAGAUCUCCAAUAUCAACUUCUACAACAAUGAAUUCUCCAUGCCCUUCCUGAAGGACCUUUUGCAGCACACAGCCAACUGGAGCAAGAUGAAUGUGGAACAAUACCCUGCCCCUCUGGAGUGCUAUGAUGAAUUUGCUCAAGUCUCUGUAGAAAGAUUUGUGCGACUUUGUCAGGAUCUCAUGGAUACACUGAGGGCAAUAAGGCAGCCCAAGAACACCUCCUUUGCUACAGAUAUCUGCCACACAUGUGGGGAGCGCUGGGUCUUUGACCAGGUGGCCAACCUUUGUCGUUGCUGGCAGUAA